UCUUCAACCCCUAGGCAGCGUCGGAUGGAAGCAAUGAAGACCGUCGCUAGAGGAGAGCCAGUCCAAGUCCGGGGCAGUGGCCACGUCCUCCGCUCGAGGGUGGGGCGGAAGGACCGCCACAGCAAGGUGUACACGGCCAAGGGCACCCGAGACCGCCGAGUCCGCCUCUCGGCCUACACCGCCAUCCAGUUCUAUGACGUCCAGGACCGCCUUGGCUUCGAUCGCCCCAGCAAGGCAGUCGACUGGCUCAUCCACAAGGCCAAGCCUGCCAUCGACAGGCUCGCUGGCCUGCCUCCCUUCCACCCUGUCCCGCCCCACCCGAACCCCCAUGAAACGCUAACAACGAUCCCUAAUAACAGUAACGGCUCCUCCUCUUCCUUCUUGGAUUCCUUCUUCCCGGUGAGCUCCGCAACGUUGUCCGUCAACUUCCAUGACGAAGAUCUUGGCCUCUCCCUUCACUCGUAUCAAGAACGGGGAUCUGGUCCGAUCCAUGCUCAUCAUCACUCCGCGUCAUCAGUGCAAGGAGAGAUGCCGAUGGUGAGCCACGCAGCGCGUGCCGAUCUCUUGGGAUUCGACGAGUCCGACUAUCAAAGAAUGAUGGGUUGGAACAGAGCAGGAGGGAGCGAGUUGACAUUCUUCAUGGACUCGCAGCAAGAACACCAAGAGCACCACGAGGAGGAGGCGCUCUCGCAUCAGAGGGGUGCCCUUCAGUCCAGCUUCGAGACCGCGCCACAGCCGCAGCUGCUGCUUGGUGGUUAUGUUAACGAUGAGUUGGCGAUGGAGGACGAAAUGUAAACCACACUUCG